UCCACCCCUUCGGGGGCUUGGCGGGAGUUUCUUAGCGUCGCAAGGGGAGGAGUUUUGGCGAUGCCGAGGUUGGAGUUCAGUUUUUCCCCAGUUGUCGGGUUCUGGAACAGCCUGUGGGCCCUGGAGAGGUUUCAGCCUUUUGCUUGAGGAGGUGGGGUGUUGCGCCGGCUGGAAGCCUACGGAGUUCCGCUGGUGAGAUGGCGGCUACCUUCUUCGGGGAGGUGGUGAAGGCGCGGUCCCGGGCAGUGACCGAGGAGGAGGAGGACGAUGAGGAGGACUCCUGGGCCCAGGAUAACCACGAGGAUAAAGAAGUCCGGCGAGAGCUGGAAAAAAAGAGGGAAGUAGAAGUCCUUCAGACACAGACAAAUGUAUCUUUGGAAAUUCCCCUGCUAGAGCAGUACCCGUGUUCAAAGUUUAUAAUAGCCAUAGGACAUAAUGCAGUAGCAUUUUUGUCUUCAUUUGUUAUGAAUUCAGGAACUUGGGAAGAAGUUGGAUCUACUAAGCUGUGGAAUGAAUGGUGCAGAACAACAGAUACAACAAAUCUUUCCCCAACAGAUGCCUUUUGUGUGUUCUACCGUCUAAAGUCAGACCCCACUGUUUUAUUGUGCCAAUGCAGUUGCUAUGUUGCUGAAGAUCAACAAUAUCAGUGGCUUGAAAAGGUUUUUGGUUCUUCUCCGAAGAGAAAUUUACAGAUAACUAUUCUUACAUCUCGCCAUGUAACUGACUAUAAAACUCCAGAAUCCUGUUGCAACCUUCCUUCUCCCUUCCUGAAAGCCCUAAAAACACAGAGUUUCCAAGAUGCUGCCUAUUGUACGCUUUUAGAACAGCCAAAUAUCGUACAUGAUCUUCCUGCUGCAGUUCUGAGUUACUGUCAAGUGUGGAAAAUUCCAGCAAUUCUAUAUUUGUGUUACACUGAUAUAAUGAAACUAGACCUAGUUACAGUUGAAGCUUUCAAACCAAUUCUUUGUUCAAAAAGCUUCAGAGGAUUAGUUAAGAAUGUUUCCCUCAGUACAGAGGCACUAAAGAAAUUGGUGACAACAAAUGAAAUUCAGAGCAACAUCUACACAUAAUUUUGCAUUGAUUUUUUUGAAAUCUUUUUGUUGAGGGGCAGAAGAAAUAUUCUGUAAUUCUAAUUUACCUAGUGGAAGAAAGCAAAAUAAAGAGUUUAUUUUAAAGUAA